UCAUCUGUAGGCACUGAACACCCAAAGCAGUGCUGUUGGUUCUGGAGUGCUUCUGUUUGGGCAGGGGAGGGUGGCAGAUGGACUGUGGCUCGCGGGCUUUUCUCACUGUGUUGUGUUUUUCAGAUGGAUACGACUCAAGAAAGCUACCUGGAUCUGUUCCCUUUGGAUGCAAUUGUUUAUCUCACUCCUGACUCUGAGAACGUCCUUGAAGAUAUUGAUCCCAAAAAAGUGUACGUCCUCGGAGGCCUGGUGGAUGAAAGUAUACAUAAGAACCUGACCCUGCAAAGGGCACAAGAGCAGUCCUUGCAAACAGCCCGCCUCCCAAUUCGUGAGUAUAUGGUAAAAUCCAUGAACACCAAGAACUACUACUCAGAGACGCUGGCAAUUAAUCAAGUCUUUGAUGUCUUAUCGACUUACUACAAAACCCAAAGUUGGCCAGAUGCUUUGAAAGCUGGAGUUUCUUCUGGAAAAGGCUACGUGCUUCCAGAUGGAGAGAAAUCAGUGAAAAUACCUCAGCAUGACAACACGCAAGAAAACUCUUUAUUUCCUGAAAGUUAAGGAGCUGUGCAAGCAAGAGUAGCAAACUGCAUAUUUCAAGCAGAGGCACCAGUGUGAAUGUGUGCAGAGAAAACAGCUCUGCCUAAAUUUACUUACGUAUGGACCUUGGCAAAAGUGACGGAUUCUGCCUCAGCAGCACAGCGCUGGAAAUGACUCUGCACUCUGAACAGAAAACAGAAGCCAGCUGAGCCCUGAGAUCAACAGAGUUGGUAGGAUUUUUUUUUUUUUAAACAGGAUUAAAUAAGAAGAAUUGUAGAGCACAGCAGUUAAUAACAGUCCUUCCCAUGGAAAAGGGCAGUACUGUUCUAACUGACUGUAACUGAGCAUAGGAUGGGAACGAUCCAAAAUUAAUAGAGAAACAAUGCCCAGGUACACCACAUCAUAUUUUCUUCCUACUUGUAUUGAAGACUUGGUGUCUUGCUGUGCUGCUGAAGCCUGUAGUGAAUCCUGUGCAUGCUGGUCACAAUCUAUCUAAAAUAAAGUAUUUAAAUUUC